AGAGUGUGGGAUCCCUUGAUGCUUAUCACAUCUCAUACAAGUGGGCAUUACCAGCACCAGCACUCGGCAUUUCCAAUGCCAACAGAGGCCAAAGACGGUGUGCUGGGAUCUCCUUCUUGCAUUGUUGUAGAGAUGAACAGGUGGUCCGUAAUGCAGAAAAGCAAACGCAUGUUUGCUUGCUGAGCCAAGGACAGAGCAGAUGGGCAUACCAUUGGCUCUUCUCAGCAUCCCACCAGCAGCAGUGCCACCACCACUACCUUCCGGGAGCUGCCGUGAAUCAAAUGUGGGUUUGUGGAAAAUUGGCGGCGGCGGCGCGAUCUCGGUCGGUAUUGCAUUCGCUGGUGUGCCACGGCGAGGAGAAGGAGGUGAUGGAUCGAUAUUCUCGUUGAAUCAGAUUCUGACAGUUCGUCAUUCUCCAGUUCCUUUCCCAAAUGUAUCCCUUCCAUUACCCGGAGGGGCCGAAGACUUGUUGUCGGGGAGGCGGACGUCGUCGCCGGAUUCGAAGCGUCCACAAGUCCGUGAUUACGACCGCAUAUUACGGGCGUUUGUACGUACAGUCGGGCGGCAUAUGCAUAGCUCUCCGCUCUCUUCACUCCAUGUCGCUUUUCCUCCACAGCAUUCUUGCUUUCCUUUUCUUUUUUUCUUCCUUCCACUUUGCAAUCGCCUCACGGGACGAGCCAGGAGUAGUUAUAGAUCGUGCAGGUGAGACAAAGGCUUCGGUCGGCCUAACGGCUGUAGAAGACGUUAGCCCGCUUCCAAACAGGCCCCUCCACACUUUGGCAGCGUACCCGAUGGAUGCGGCCUUGACAUGGCGGAUAGCCGCAUAAUACCUGUGGCCAAUUCUACUGACACUAGGC